ACACACACACACAGACACACACACACCCACUUUACACAGCGCCCCCUAUUACCAUCAGCAGAGGCUGUCGGAGGCUCGCACAGCGCAGCCAGCGAGCCACAGAGGCAAAGCGAAGCCGGUCGGGGCCGAUGGUGGCCGCCACACACGGCACACACAGCACACGACGACUCGCAAAUACCACCGGCAGUGUCAUUCAUUACGUGUAUAUACACACAUAUAUACACACACAUACACACGCGCGCGCAAAGACACGGGCGGCUAGAUGAUCCGGACGUAAAGCGAAGGGCCAGGGUGGUGUUACACGUCCGCUAAAGAAGAAGACGGUGGUGGGGGGAGCUAUUCACGCCACGUUGAGACGGAUCACACUCAAGAGAGACGAACACACACAACACACUCGGCAAGCACCGGGUUACAUCACGACACGACACACCAUUCGUGUCGUGGCAUCACGACAAUAGCCAGCACCCAAACCAUCUCGACACGCACCCUACGUUACAGGGGGUUCCAGCAGACACGUCCGCAGCAGCAGCUGAGACGUGGCCCAGCCACACACACAGACACACACACAGACAGACACAGAGACAGAGACAGACACACACACAGACACACACACAGACACACAGACAGACACAGAGACACAUACCCCGUGUGUGUGUGUGUGCGGUGAGCCAGUGAGCCAUCCCGUCUCGUCAGAUGCGCGGUUCACGCUGCGUCCACGCGUGAUUGACCCCGACUCCAAGAUGGACAAUGUCACCACGGAGGACGGCGGCGGCGAGGGUGACGGAUCCUACAUCUCGGGUCUGGGCUCGAACCCGGAGCGGGCCACCUCUGCGUCGGCGGGCAGCCUGACCGGCUCUGCCCACGGGGCCUACGGAGCCGCUGGUGGCGGUGCUGGUGAUGAGGACUGUGCAGACGAUGAUGACGAUCGGAGUUCCGUCGGAUCCGACUCGGAGGUGAACGCGCCCAAUGGCACAAGGAAGACGGAUCGCUUCGGAUUCAUCGGCGGGACUCAGUACACGGAUGCCGUGGACACGGCGCUCCCGAUGGACGUGGCUCGCCAGCGCGAGAUGAAGUGGCUGGACAUGCUGCAGCACUGGGACAGGUGGAUGCCCAAGCGAUACCAGAAGGUGAAACUCCGCUGUCGCAAGGGGAUCCCUCCGUCGCUGCGUGCGAGGGCCUGGCAGUACCUCUCCGGCGGGCGCGCGCGCCUGGCGCUCAACAAGGGAAAGUUUGAUGAGCUGGACCAGCAGGACGCUGACCCCAAGUGGGUGGACACGAUCGAGAAGGACCUGCACCGCCAGUUCCCCUUCCACGAGAUGUUCGCCGCCAGGGGCGGUCACGGGCAGCAGGACCUGUUCCGCGUGCUCAAGGCCUACACCGUGUACUGCCCCGAGGAGGGCUACUGCCAGGCCCAGGCACCCGUCGCCGCUGUGCUGCUCAUGCACAUGCCCGCCGAGCAAGCGUUCUGGUGCUUUGUUCAGAUCUGUGAGAAAUAUCUUCCUGGAUACUACAGUCCUGGCCUGGAGGGCGUGCAGCUGGACGGGGAGACGCUGUCGGCGGUGCUGAAGAAGACGUGCGCCCUGGCGUACCGCCACCUCAAGAAGCACAAGGUGGACCCCAUCCUCUACAUGACCGAGUGGUUCAUGUGCGUCUUCUCCCGCACGCUGCCCUGGGCCUCCGUGCUCCGAGUCUGGGACAUCUUCUUCUGCGAGGGCGUGAAGGUGGUGUUCCGCGUUGCCAUCUCCCUCCUGCGCAACACCAUCGGCAGCUCGGACAAACUGCGCGAUUGCCAGGGCCUCUACGAGACGAUGGAGAAGCUGCGCAACAUCCCCGCUGAGUACAUGCACGAGGACAGGCUCAUGCACGAGGUGCUGGAGUUGGAGGUGACGGAGAGCCAGAUCGAGACGGAGCGGCAGAAGCAGAUCGGCAAGUGGAAGGAGCAGAAGGGCAGCCAGUAUCCGGCUUCGUCGGUGCACCGGCUGUACGGCACGCGCGCCGUGCACGACGACAGCAAGGGCGCGCCGGUGCCGGCUCCCUCCGACUUCACGCCGCCUUCGCCCUCCUCCACCGCGACGAUCGCCCGCGCUCCGCUGUCACCCACGGGCAGCAUGGCGAGCAUCAGGCUGGGCAAGGAUGACACGAGGAUGAAGAAGAAGGCCGACAAAGAGCGGGAGAGGCUGAGGAAGGAGGAGGAGAAGAACAGGGCCCUGGAGGAGAAGGAGAGGCUCAAGCUGGAGAAGAAGAAAAAGAAAAGGAGCGGCAGCGAGAAGGUUGACCGCUUGGCCAACGGCCACCAGGACUCGAAGAACGGGAAGGCCACGGCGGGUCCCGGCGAGCGCCACUCGCUCGCCGACCCCGACAUGAACCCGGAAGUUAAGCGCUCGACUCUGAGCAUCCUGUCCGAGCUGUCUCUGGAGGAGACGUAUCUCUGAUGGGUCGGGGACGGCCGUGCACAUGCGCUAACGAUUUCGAAUUCACAGUUGGGUGGUGGGGGGGGGGGGAGUUGG